UCAAAGAAGAGAGACAUGUUACUGGUUGUGCGAGCCAGGGGAAUGGAGCCCGUGGCUGUGCCUAAAGCGGUGCGGCGCAGACCAAAGCGACACAGGGAAUGAAGCAGCACCGGAAAACUUAAGAGGAACACAGGAGAGAAAACCGGGCUCCACGGCGACCGCGGGAACCCUCAAAAUUGCUUCUGCGCGCAGUGGAGUCGUCGCUGGGCCCUGCGCGCCACUCUCAGCUCUAGCAACGCGUGACGUCAGGGCGUCGGCGCUAAGCGCGUCAUUAGCGGCAGGACCUUAUGACGUCACGGUAAAUGGUCCUUCCUAUGCUCCCUACCUCAACAGGGCGCGCGGGCUCCCCUGUGCCGGAGGACCUUGGCUGCGUACGCCUGGGCCCUGCGUUCGGCCGCCCGCCCUCUGAGUGCGGCGAUCAUUCCCGCAAGCCUCUGCGUCCGAGGGGCGGAGCCUGGCGUCCGUCCGCGUCCUCGCUGGAGGCCGCCAUGCGGACGUCACGCAUUCCGCCGCCGCCACUUCCGGGUCACUGACUUCCGGCCGCCAUCUUGUUCCCUGGAGGCGCCGCGGGUGGAAGGGAGUCAGAACCGGAGCGUCACGACGGAGCAGCCGCCGCCAUGCCGUCGUCGCCGCUGCGGGUGGCGGUGGUGUGCUCGAGCAACCAGAACCGGAGCAUGGAGGCGCACAACAUCCUUAGCAAGCGUGGAUUCAGCGUCCGGUCCUUUGGAACAGGAACUCACGUGAAGCUUCCAGGACCAGCACCCGACAAGCCGAAUGUUUAUGAUUUCAAAACCACAUAUGAUCAGAUGUACAAUGAUCUUCUUAGGAAGGACAAAGAACUCUACACACAGAAUGGCAUUUUGCAUAUGUUGGACAGAAAUAAGAGAAUUAAGCCCCGGCCAGAGAGGUUCCAGAACUGCAAAGAUCUGUUUGAUCUGAUCCUCACUUGUGAAGAGAGAGUCUACGACCAGGUGGUGGAAGAUCUGAAUUCCAGAGAACAAGAGACCUGCCAACCUGUGCAUGUGGUCAAUGUAGACAUCCAGGACAACCAUGAAGAGGCCACCCUGGGGGCCUUCCUCAUCUGCGAGCUCUGCCAGUGUGUGAGUGCCGGACGCGGGAACCCCCACCUGGGCUGCCAGUGUGUGAGUGCCGGACUCCCACUCCUAUCCCGGCUGCCAGUGUGAGUGCCUGGACACCCCCCACCCAGCUGCCAGUGUAUCCAGCACACGGAGGACAUGGAGAAUGAAAUUGAUGAGCUGCUGCAGGAGUUUGAGGAGAAGAGUGGCCGGACCUUCCUGCACACUGUGUGCUUCUACUGACAGCCACUGCAGCCUUGGCGGCACUCUGUGCCCCUCUGUUGAUUCUUUCCCUCUGAUACUGGUUUUUACUUAGAUAUCCUUUGGGGCAACAGUGUGGUCCAGUAAGCUG